AUGGCGAUUCGUGGUGCCAUCGGGUUGGGAAUUAUAGGCAUUUGUUUGGCUCUGCUUGGUUUCUUUUGCACUGGAGAUCUUUUUUACGCUUGUUGCCGAAACAAAUACAAUAUUAAACUUCUUAUUAAGACAAUAGACAAAGGCAAUCGACCUGGAACUGGAGUUUCAAGUGUUAAAUUUUUUCCGCGAACUGAAAUUGUAGAGCUGGUCAGAACUGCAUCGAGUGAUGUUGAUCAUGGCGUCGUAUACGUUGAUAUUCCUGCUCGUAAUGAAAAUUUGGGCGUAGCAUUUGGGCAAGCUCUUAACUUUGCAUUUGAAGAGCGAAUCUCUUUUACAAAUCAAUUGAUACGAAAAUUGGGCAGUACUAGGACUUUGGAAGCUUUUAAGCGUGGUGCUAAAGUGUAUAAAGCAAAACGUGGCAAACCUGCGGUUAUUGUUUAUGAUAAUGUUAGCCAGAUGGUUCCAGAGAAUCAAAAAAUCCUUGAUACCCUCCAAGAUGAUGCCAAAAAAAAUGCUGAUGACCAAAUAUACAUUGCGGUGUUUGUCAGUAGUGAAGGCGCGAAAUCGGUGACUGAGAUACAUAAGAUCACCGAAAAAGCGGAAGAAUUAUAUCAAUUGGUCGGUGGUCGCAUUUUAGAGUUGAAAGAUGUUGCAAAUGAUUUUUCGUCAGGUCAAUCCAUUGAAGAUAUCAAGGAGAAAAAAUCACUUGAUGCCUAUAACCAAUUGGAUUCAGCAAAACUACUUGAAGAUCAAAAACAUCAUGAAGUAGGAAAACGUGUAAUUAAUGCUUUGCUGGGCUCCAAAGAAAUUAGUAUUAGAGAAUUUAAAAAAUUAUUUGCGAAUGAAGAGGAAUAUGGUGAAGUUUUAGAAGCUAACGUGUUUGCAUAUCAUCCAUCAAGAAAUACCGUGAGUUUCCAAUCGCAAUCAAUAGAAUGCUACAUUCGGAAAAAUUAUGAUGUAUUUGCUGAUCUAGUUAACCUAACCCCUUAUAACGAACUCAGUUCUAAUUACGCAUCAGCUUCCAAAUCAUGA